AUGGCAGGCCUUCAUCCCUCCGCAGUGGGGGCAUCCUCCGACAGCUCAAGCACAUCCUCAAACCCACGAUUUACUCCGGUAUCCUACGACCAAGACAGCGAUUCCCCAGCACCGGGACAGGCCAAAUCAUCUAUUGGCCCAUUGCGCGUGGAAACCCACUUCGACGACCACCGGGAUGUCGGUGACCCUCUUUCCGAUUUCGAGAACGAAUACAAUACCAGCGACGAGCUCGAGGGCAAAUUCCGACAGGGCGGAUCGGCACCGAGACACACAUCUGAGGAGGAAAGUGAGGUAGUAAAGAGGUUCGAUCGACGGCUGGUCCCGUUCCUGGCUCUUCUCUACCUGCUCUCCUUCCUGGAUCGCUCGAACAUUGGAAAUGCAAAGAUAGCUGGUCUCAAGGAAGAUCUUCACCUUUCAUCUUCUCAAUAUGAGUGGCUUCUUACUGCAUUUUACAUCACUUACAUCUUAUUUGAAUGGAUGGCACUUAUGUACCGCGUUGUGCCGCCACAUAUCUACAUAUCUCUUUGCGUAUGUGGCUGGGGACUUGUUGCCUCCUUUCAAUGUCUAGCGACUUCUUUCUGGGGCUUGGCUGUCCUUCGAGCUUUACUUGGAAUCACUGAAGCUGCUUUUGGUCCUGGGGUGCCAUUCUAUUUAUCGUUGUUCUACCGCCGGCAUGAGCUGGCCUUCCGGAAUGGUUUGUUUAUCUCGGCAGCACCCUUGGCAACGUCUUUUGCAAGUAGUCUGGCGUUCUUGAUCGUCAAAUUCAGCAGUGAGGGUCCCAUCUCACCAUGGCGAAUACUGUUUCUUGUUGAGGGGUUCCCGAGUGUUGUAGUUGCUGUAUUUGCUUGGUUCUUGAUCCCAGAUUCUCCAGGUCAAGCUCGGUUCUUGAAUCCUAGGCAAAGAAUGGUGGCUCAUCAGCGCCUCGAGGAGAACACAAUUAACUAUCAACAGUCCCAUGGGAACCAAUUCAAUUGGCGAGAGAUCCUGAAGACUGCAUCGGAUCCCAAAGCAUAUAUGGCUGCUGCGCAAGCUCUUUCAGCGCCGCCGUAUCUAGUCGCCUUCAUCGUGGUCCUUGUCACGGCAUACGCCUCAGACCGCAGCCGCUCCCGAAGUCCCUACCUUAUAGCCCAUGCUUUUAUUUCGUCCUUGGCCUAUCUAGGAAUCGCACUAACAGGCCAUUUCCAUGUACACCUUUCGCCGGCAGUACAUACCUUCAUCCGCUAUAUCUGCGUUUACCCAGCGACCGCAGGGUUCUUCUCGGCAAUCACCCUCAUCAUAACCUGGUCAAUGGACAACCGGGUUGAAAAGGAAGGCAAAGGUGCAAGCAUUGCUAUCCUCAAUAUUAUCGGUCAGUGUGGCCCACUACUCGGAACAAGACUGUAUCCCGAGUCUGACGGGCCGUGGUAUGUUCGAGGUAUGGCCGUCUGCUCGUUCUUUAUGAUCAUAGUUGCAGUAUUGGCUCUGGCUAUGCGUAUUCUUCUACAGCGUAUGAAUCGAGCGGUUGUGGAUUCGACCUAUACAAUCAUUGAACAGGCUGGGCCCGUGGAACAGGGUGAAGAGCGGGAUGUGCUUAUGGGUGGUGGCCGGAGGGAUGAUUUAGAACAUUCUACUGGAGAUAAGCGGCUUGUGUACAUAAUAUAG